AAUAAUUAAAUGAUCUGAUUUGUGUCACUAGCCCUAGCCCGCGAGCAUUAACCCUGUGAAACAGUCCGGACCUGGGCUCCUGCCUGGCAGCAUCACGGAAAGAAGAAUAAAGACGCAGGAGCCAGCAAGUGCUCAACUGCGCAUGCGCCGGAUAAACCCAAGAGAAUUCCCAUAUGUACACGAAGGGGGGAGGGAGCGCAUUGGCCGCGCAUGCGCAGUGCAGGGACCCAGGCGCCUGCGCGCUGGGGGGGCUGUUUUGGCGGGCGGCGGGCGUUGCGCAGAAGCGGCCUCUGCUCCGAGGGCCUGCGAGAAGGGGGAGUCGGUGCCGUGCCGGACCCGCUUCGUACCCAGGGAACACAACACUUGGGAACCCGAGAAGAAUCUGGACUGCCCCGAGCUGAUUUCUGAGUUUAUGAAAAAAUAUAAAAAAAUGAAGGAGGGUGAGAACAAUAAAUCAAGAGAGAAAUCCGAAAGCACAAAGAGGAAAUCCAGCCUCUCCAACAGCGCCGAGGACAUCAAAACCAAAAAGAAGAGGGAGAGCAACGAUAUUGCCAGGGGCUUUGAAAGAGGAUUAGAGCCAGAAAAGAUCAUCGGUGCCACAGACUCCUGUGGAGAUUUAAUGUUCUUAAUGAAAUGGAAAGACACAGAUGAAGCAGACCUGGUCCUAGCAAAGGAAGCCAAUGUGAAAUGCCCGCAGAUUGUGAUAGCGUUUUAUGAGGAGAGACUGACCUGGCACGCGUAUCCAGAGGACACGGAAAACAAAGAGAGAGAAGCAGCGAAAAGCUAAAGCGCCAUCCUUAGCUGUACAUACACAUCCCCCCGACCUGACCACAUCCAUUGAAAUGUGCUUAUUACUGUGCUCCCAGGAGAAACCUUGUUAUUGGUUCAGUCAUAACAUAAAUGGUUUGCUUCAUGUUCAGCUUCAUCUCUAGUGAAACCCACAAGAUUUAUGUGCUGUGUGUCCUGUCUCCUCCUCCCCCGCCCUCCAGAAAACGGUUUUGACUUGUCACGUCCUCUUAGAGCCUCCAGGGGUUUAUAGACUUGUUGGUUCCCUUUGGUUCGGUCCCUUUUUGCCCCUUUAAAUG